GAACGGGGGGGAAGAUAGAUUGACGAGUCUUGUUGACGUGGUCACUCUGGGUAGCACAGUGGCUUCAGGGUCGUCGUCGAGGUAGUCUGGCUGUCGUGGCUGCUUUGGGGCCGCUGCAUCUUCAGCUUUGAUGCGUACACGCCAUGUAGUCAUGCACGACGCUGUCACGCGCACUUGGCCACAUUCCAGGUUGGACGUCUCGCCUUCUCCAUGACCUCAAAGCCACCUAGCCUGCUACCCCGCUUCUUGCUCGCACGUCGCCUUCGUACCGGGUACUUGCCACGACGUCCUCGACAGCGACCUUGCCCGCGCUCUACACCUCCGGCCAAGUACCUGUACAAGUGUCCCCGCUAGCCUUUGCCCGCUUAACCUCACUGCAUCGUCGUCGUCCUCCACACCCGUGCCGCUGCUGUCCUCCCAUUCGCUCGUCAGCCUGCGAACCUGACCUUCUUUGUAUCCCCCGUACUUGAUCGGCACUGGCAGCAGCAGGCCAGCUGCCUACCUGAAU